AUGGAUUCGAGGAAGUCGAACAAGAUUAUGGAGAUAGUGAGGCUUCAACAAAUCCUCAAGAAAUGGAAGAAGCUUGCCAAUAAAAGUAAGACGAGCUCGGUAUCGGGGCCAACCUCGGUUGCCUUAGGCAGCGGGAGCAAGAGCAUAAAGUUUCUGAAGAAAACACUUUCCUUUACGGAAAGCUCGAUUUCUUCGUCAGUGUCAAGCGACCAAGUCCCGAAAGGGUAUAUCGCUGUCUGCACGGGGAAAGAGCUCAAAAGAUUCGUAAUCCCAAUGGAGUACCUUGGACACCAGGCAUUCAGGAUUUUGCUGAGAGAAGCAGAAGAAGAAUUUGGGUUUCAACAAGAAGGAGUGCUAAAGAUUCCAUGUGAAGUCGAAUUGUUCGAGAAAAUAUUGAAGUUGAUGGAAGAAAAAAAAGAUGUAUUUUUCUUGAAUGAUUCCAUGAUGAGAAGCUGUUAUUCACCAGAUUGUGACCUGACUUCACCAUCUCAUCACCCUCAGACGUGUAGUUGA